AUGGAGAAUGAAACAGAGGUGGGACAAUUCAUCUUGCUGGGCCUGAAGAAUGUCUUGGAACUUCAAUAUUUAUUAUUUGUGAUCUUCCUGCUCUUCUAUAUUGCCACAUUAUUGGGGAACAGAUUCAUUCUCACUGUUGUUUUAGCUGAACCUCGCCUUCAAACUCCCAUGUACUUUUUCCUUGGAAAUCUUUCCUGCCUUGAUAUUUUCUACUCCACAGUAAGUGUACCAAAGAUGCUAGCUGGAUUUCUAACAGAGCUGGAAACCAUCUCUUUCAAUGGCUGUAUGGUCCAGCUUUUCCUCUUCUACUUCUUGGGCACUAGUGAAGUCAUUCUUCUUGGAUUCAUGGCCUAUGACCGUUAUGUUGCAAUAUGCAACCCAUUGUGGUAUUCUCUCAUCAUGAGAAGAGAGGUCUGUUUCUUAAUGGCAACAAGUGUCUGGUCUAUUGGUUUCUUCCACGCCUUGAUGCAUGUAGUAAUGACUGUUCAUCUACCCUUCUGUGGACCAAUCCAAAUUGAACACUUUAUAUGUGACAUCAAGCCAUUGUUGAAACUGGCCUGUGGCGGCAUACAAUUCAACCUCAUGCUCCUCAGUAUUGUGACCUCUUGCAUUGUUAUGGGCCCUUUUAUCUUCACACUCCUUUCCUACGUCUACACUGUUACCUUCCUUCUCUUCAAAGUGCAGUCCCAAACUGGUUGGCAAAAGGCCUUCUGCACCUGUGGUUCCCACCUGACUGUGGUGGCCUUCCUGUAUGUUCCUGUGUUGUUUAACUAUAUGCUUCUCACUGUGGGGAACUAUUCUCAAAUAGACAUGAUAAUAACCCUAAUAUAUAGUACAAUUACCCCCGUUUUGAAUCUACUUACCUACACCCUUAGAAACCAGGAAGUUAAAAUGGCAAUGAAAAAAAAUUGGGGCAGAAAGACAUUUACCUUUUCGUGA